CCAAACGGAACGAAUCGAAGCGGAGAGAGAGUUUUAACCUUAAUAGUGUGAGAGCUACUCGAAACUUUGAUUCAAACAUGAGGAAGUGGACGAUCCCUUCCGUUUUGUUCUUCGUCUGCCUGAUUUUUCUUCUCCCGGAUCAAGGGAGAAAGUUGCACGCGAAUGCGGACGGUAGUUCUGAUGAGGUCGUAGAUCCACCGAAGGUGGAGGAAAAAGUCGGAGGGAUUCACGGCGGUUUGUCGACAGAUUCUGAUGUGGUUCACAGAGAGUCUGAAUCGAUGUCGAAGAGGACACUCCGCAGUAACGCGGAGAAGUUCGAGUUUCAGGCUGAGGUUUCUCGGCUUAUGGACAUUAUCAUCAACUCUCUCUACAGCAACAAGGAUAUUUUCCUGAGAGAGUUGAUCUCAAAUGCGUCUGAUGCUCUUGACAAGAUUAGGUUCCUUUCACUUACUGACAAAGAUGUUCUGGGUGAAGGUGACAACGCUAAGCUUGAGAUCCAGAUUAAGCUAGACAAAGAGAAGAAAAUUCUUUCUAUUCGUGACCGAGGAAUAGGUAUGACAAAGGAAGAUCUUAUCAAGAACCUUGGUACCAUAGCAAAAUCUGGAACAUCAGCGUUUGUUGAGAAAAUGCAGAAAAGCGGCGAUCUGAAUCUCAUUGGACAGUUUGGAGUUGGGUUCUACUCUGCCUAUCUUGUUGCUGAUUACAUUGAAGUUAUUAGCAAGCACAAUGAUGAUAAACAGUAUGUCUGGGAAUCAAAGGCCGAUGGAAAAUUUGCUGUCUCUGAGGACACAUGGAACGAGCCUCUUGGGCGAGGAACUGAGAUUAAAUUACAUCUUAGAGAUGAAGCUCAGGAAUACCUAGAAGAGGGAAAACUUAAGGAUUUGGUGAAGAAAUAUUCUGAAUUUAUCAAUUUCCCCAUUUACUUGUGGGCGAGCAAAGAGGUUGAAACUGAGGUCCCAGUCGAAGAAGAUGAAUCGAGUGACGAGGACAAUGAAAUCAGUUCUUCUGAAGAAGAGAAGGAAGAAGAUGCUGAGAAAGACGAAGAUGAGGAGAGUGAGAAAAAGCCAAAAACCAAAAAGGUGAAGGAAACAACUUAUGAAUGGGAGCUUCUGAAUGAUGUCAAGGCUAUAUGGCUGAGAAACCCGAAAGAAGUCACAGAGGAAGAGUACACUAAAUUUUACCACUCUCUCGCAAAGGACUUUAGCGAGGAGAAGCCUAUGGCGUGGAGUCACUUUAAUGCUGAAGGUGAUGUUGAAUUCAAGGCUGUUUUAUUUGUUCCUCCUAAAGCUCCUCAUGACCUCUACGAGAGUUACUACAACAGCAACAAAGCAAACUUGAAGCUAUACGUCCGAAGGGUCUUCAUUUCUGAUGAGUUUGAUGAGCUUCUUCCUAAAUAUUUGAGCUUCUUGAAGGGUCUUGUUGAUUCCGACACAUUGCCUCUCAAUGUAUCACGAGAAAUGCUUCAACAGCACAGCAGCUUGAAGACAAUAAAGAAGAAGCUUAUCCGAAAGGCGCUUGACAUGAUCCGCAAGCUUGCUGAAGAGGAUCCUGAUGAGGCUCACGACGAAGAGAAAAAAGAUGAUGUCGAGAAGUCAGGUGAGAACAAUGAGAAGAAAGGUCAAUACACGAAAUUCUGGAACGAGUUUGGCAAGUCCAUUAAACUGGGUAUCAUCGAGGAUGCAUCUAACCGGAACCGCUUGGCUAAACUUCUCAGAUUUGAGACAACCAAGUCAGAUGGAAAAUUGACUUCCUUGGAUCAGUACAUCAAGAGAAUGAAGAAGGGGCAAAAGGAUAUCUUUUACAUUACCGGAACCAGCAAGGAGCAAUUGGAGAAAUCUCCGUUCCUCGAGAGGCUCAAGAAGAAGGGCUUCGAGGUCAUCUUCUUCACGGACCCAGUUGACGAAUACUUGAUGCAAUACCUGAUGGACUACGAAGACAAGAAGUUCCAGAAUGUGUCGAAGGAGGGUCUGAAACUCGGGAAAGACGGAAAGGACAAAGAGCUCAAGGAAUCGUUCAAGGAGCUCACCAAGUGGUGGAAGGAAUCGCUCGCCACCGAGAACGUGGACGAUGUCAAAAUCAGCAACCGUUUGGCCGACACUCCAUGUGUCGUGGUGACCUCCAAGUACGGAUGGAGUGCAAACAUGGAGAGGAUAAUGCAAUCUCAGACACUUUCUGACGCGAGCAAGCAAGCUUACAUGCGUGGAAAGCGGGUUCUCGAGAUCAACCCCCGACACCCCAUCAUCAAGGAACUCAAGGAGAGAGUUGCGAGUGACCCUGAGGAGGAGAGCGCGAAAGAGACGGCGAAACUCAUGUACCAAACGGCUCUAUUAGAGAGUGGGUUCAUUCUCCAAGACCCGAAGGACUUUGCCUCGCGGAUCUACAACUCUGUCAAGACCAGCCUCAACAUCAGCCCUGAUGCAGUACCUGAGGAGGAAGCCGAGGUGGAAGAAUCUGAAACCAACGACAACUCCGAAAUCAAAUCAGAGGAGACAUCGGGUGGCGGUAUAAACCUCGAGGCCGAGUCCGUAGAAGAGGACACCGAACCAACAGUGACCAAGGACGAACUGUAGAUUCAAACAAAAGCUAGGAGGACACAAUGUGGGGGUGGUCUUUGUUCUUCACUAUAUCAUCUUCUAGUGUUUAGACGAAGCAAACAAUGAUUUAGGUUUUUUUUUUUGAGGGAGCAGAAAUCUAAGAAAACGAUAAUUAAUGUCUCUCUGUACUUUGUCAUAUCUGAGUGAGUGAACUUCUGUUCGAGGGUUUCUCUGUUUUUCUUAAAAUGACCAUCACAAUCAGGGGUCGACACUGGUCGGGUAUCCUGAUUUUUUUAGUAUUCAGGUUUUGUCUUGUCUUCA